GUUUAUACGUAUCAUUAUACCACUAUGGACACCAGCGAAAAACACAGAUACCGAACUCGCCGAAGCCAAUCUAGCGCCGGGUGCAAUUCUGGUACUACUACCAAAUAGUGAAGUGCUGCGACGGUAUCUGGACAUACUAUACGACUUCAAGGCCUACGCAGGCACGCUCUACACACUCCAAUUAGUACAACCAUUACAUCCGGUUACACGCGAGCCAGCACCCGAACCACCACCCAGUCCCACGCCGGUUGAUAACGGGGAAGGAAUUACGGCCAAAGCGUCUAGUUAUGCGAACUCGUUAUUUGGCCGCUUCAGGAAAUACGACAGUAGACAUGCGCUGACCUUAGCCGCCGAUGGCAUAGAGAGCACUGCGAACAGAUUAGGACUCUCGGCACCGUUAUUGAGCGCGGUGGAGGGGAUGGAGUUAUUCCUGGAUCCUCAGACGGAAUAUCAAUUGUCAAAGGAAGAGCUUCGGAAGGACACAGUCCCAUACUAGCAUCAGGCCUACGCGAUACCUCACUGUAGUAACCUGCUUAUAUGUUGCACGCAUGUAGCCACCGGCUUACAGGCAACUUGAUGGUUGGAUCCGACUUGUGGAAUACAUGAUUUGUAGUGCCAGACUUUAAUACGGAUUGCAUGGGGGUAGUAUCAUGCUUAUGGAUGGCUUGGCCUGCCAUACACUAGUGUCCGGCGUAUGGGUUAUAUGGCCCUUCAGGCCUGCUAUUCUUGCCUUCUAGAAAAGUAUAUGUACUGAACUAAGGCUCUCAUGAGGUGGUAAUCGCCUUUCCGUAGCGGAGUUGAAUGCUCUUUGUUUGUCUCUCAGAUAUGUUUGCGGUUCGUCUCUAGCUUGACAAGAUGCACAUGCCCUACAUGUGGAUUGAAGUUGCUCAAGUAUUCUUUGUAGCUUCUAGAUAUUCUUAUAUAUAUUUAUAUAGAGUCCUGGUGAUGCUCCCUAUUCUAUUUAUAGUCCCCUGUGACUAUAUAGUUUCGUGUAGCCCAAGCCUGGCUCACCUAUCCUAUCAGCAAUACUAUUCAUCAGAGAGGGAAGCAGCGGGUGCUAGACAACGCCUUCCAAGGAUCCACAUAUGCA